AUGGUGUUGUUUGUGCUAUACGUGAAGGCGGAGCUGGAGAACGUGGAGACGCUGGUGGCGCCGCCUCUGCAUCGCUGGUGUCUGGAUGUGAAGGAGCCGCGUGGCGACGAAAAGCGCGAGGCAGUUUUCGUGUCGGACGAGGAGGCUGUGGACGUGGCUGGCGGUCGAGGAGAAGCUCACUUCACGCUAAAGUGGCCGGGAGCCAACAAGCCGUCGCAGUUGACGGUGGUACGCGAUGUGAAGAAGCUCACUCGCGAGGUCACGGGCGCUGACUCGGGCGAGUUUGUGCCCUUUGUGGGCUUCGAGUGCCGCGGCCUGGAGCCCUACGCUUGGCACCCAGAGAGCGGCUACCGCGUCUUGUCGGCCGGACGCCACGCCGCCUUUGACGACGUUGAUUUAAGUGAGGAUUGGGCUGAUUAUGACGAAGAAGGAGAACAAUCAGUGGGAAUCUACAACGUCGAGUGGAAAUUCGAAGUGCACAAGUAG